AUGGCAAUUAUAACCCCAGUCUCCUCUUCUAAAGUACUUCCAUUCGCACAAUACUGUGAUACAUUCUCUGAUACAGCAAUAAGUACUGAUGAGAACGUCGAACAUUGUUUACAUAAAUGGAUAUGUGCCGAUAAUGAAUAUCGUUGUCUUACAGGACAGUGUAUUCCUUUUGUUUGGCUGUGUGAUGGUGAAUGGGAUUGUAGUGAUGCAUCUGAUGAACAACGAUUAUUGCUUCAAGUAGGUAAUUUUACUGACAAACAUAAUCAGCUAGUGUUAGAUUUCACUAAAAUAUGGACGAGUUGCUACGAUCGAUAUAAAGAGCAACCAUUUGCUAAUCUAUGUAAUAUUACAAUUGAAUAUCCUUGUCUUCUUGCCAAUGUUGAUAAUCCACUUAAUUUCACAUUAAAUCCACCAUGUAUAGAACUUGAAAGAAUUGGAGAUGGACGCAUAGAUUGUCUUGGCAAAAUUGAUGAACGUAAUCUAUUCAGGUGUGAUUCAGAUGUUCUUGGUUGA